CACACGGCACACUUCCUGCUCCCUCAUUCAAAACACAGCCUGCGGAUACCUCAAAAGUCAAAGACCCAAACCCUAGAGAGCCAAGGUUGACUAGGAUCUUGGCUUCGCCGGAAACACACAUGGCGUCGUCGAAGCUGAUCUCGUCGUCGGCGUCGUCGUCAAGGUCCCGCAACUCGGAUCUCUCCCGACGCCCAAAACCCAAACCCUCGCCGCCUUCUUCUCCCUCCGCCGCCGCCGCCAACCAAGCCCUACAGACCACCACCAACGGUGGAAGUUACAUUCACACGGCGAAUCCCGCGCCGAUGACCGUCGACGGCCUCUUCCGCGACGUCUACAGCAACACCCUUCCCCCGGCCGACGCCCAGAUAACUCUGAUGGACUCUGCCGGCAUGGAAAUCAACUCCUUAGGGGCGGCGCCGUCGAGGCCGAAGACGGUGGACGAGGUAUGGGAGGAAAUUGUGUCCGGGGAGAGCCGGAGGGAGUGUAAAGAAGAGUUGCCGGAUGAAAUGAUGACUCUUGAGGACUUCCUGGCCCGGGCUGGCGCCGUGGAGGAGAACGACGUCAAGGAUUUACAUCUGGCGCCGCCGCCGGAGACGGAGAGACUGUGCGGAGGACUGAGCGGAGGGAUGUUUGGAUUCGAUCAGAUCGCACUGAGCCCGUUUCCGUCGAUUGAGAAGAUGGAGGGGUCCAUUGCUGGCUUCGGAAAUGGUGCUGCUGCUGCUGCUGCUGAGGUGGCGGCGAGUGGAGGAAGGGGGAGAGGGAAGAGAGCCCGGGCGGUCUUGGAGCCGCUGGAUAAAGCUGCACAGCAGAGGCAGAAGAGGAUGAUCAAGAAUAGGGAGUCAGCUGCGAGGUCCAGGGAGAGGAAGCAGGCCUACCAAGUUGAAUUGGAGUCGAUGGCAGUUAAAUUAGAGGUGGAGAAUGAGCAGCUUUUGAGAGAGGAGGCUGAGAGGACUGAGGAAAGACUUAAGCAGCUAAUGGAAAAUAUUAUUCCGGUUGUGGAGAAGAGAAGACCAUCACGUGUCCUUCGCAGAGUUUGCUCACUGCAAUGGUAGAAAUAUGAUUGAGGUGUUAUGCAGAAAACAGACUUCGGUUUAAGACUUAGGACAAGGUCGAAACAUUUAAUCUGAUUUCUAAGUAGAAAUAUGCCACCUGAUGAUAAUCAUUUUAGUAAGAGCCGCGUGUGUGAUGACGGGAAAUUCCUUUUGUUUGAACAAAGAGAUGGCGUCGAUUGAGGGAGAUAAGAGGUAACAGAGCCUUCUGUUGUAUGUAGCCGGUUUGCAGGGAAUUGAAACCUCUUUUUCCUCGUUAAUGAUGUGAAGGUGAAGCACAGUAUCCGGAGUUAAUUAUCUAUGUUUAUAGGUUUAUUACAUCUUUUGAGCUAAAUAUAUCAUGGUCGCUGCUCUUCUCAUUCCUUUAUUUGUAAGGAGAUUGCAUUGCAGCCCCUAGAGAAGAGAAUUCCUAUUUCAUCAAAUUUGCCGAUCUAUCAAUAAUAUUACUAGUUUAAUCUCGUUUCGUAAAAUAUGGUAUACAGCUUUUCUAGCUUCCAUUGACAUCAGGUACAAGGUGUUUGGGCAGACGCUCAGAGUAGUUUCGAAAGCGUAGUUUGCUCUAAGAG